GAACUGAAGAAAGCUUUCAAGGCACUUUUUUCACCUACUUUGCAGAUUGUCUUAUUCAAAGUCUAUUCAGACGGUCCACAACAACGCUAAAGCAAAAUCGGCUUCAGACAGAAACUGAAUCACCUCCUUAAUCUCAUAAGAAAGAAAAGAAAAAAAAUCCAUGAAUGACUCAACUCAACCACCUCUUCGAUGUUAUAUUGAGCCCUUGAUUUAGCUUGUUCAAAUUAUUUAUUUUAUUUUUUAAGAUAAUUCAGAAUUCAGAGACGAGAUGAUGGAAGCGUGGCGAUAGUUUGUUAGGAGUACAGCCAAACAGUCACAGAACGUGGGUCCUCAGAGGUGCACGUUAGGAGCUUUCCAUGUCCAGGCUCUGAAAGAGACUUAUCCUACACCCCACGCCUCCCCCUCUCCCCCCUGCGACCCUUAAACCUGCGCGCCAAGUGUCAGAUACUCGGUGUAUGGUUGUUGUCAGUGUCAGAGUCUUGAAGGACGUCACUUUGAGUUGAAGCCAAUCUAUACGUGUCCUUCAUUUCCUAUUAGAAUUUGUCUAGCGGCAAGCAUCAAUCAUCAUCGACUAAUAAUUUAGAAUCUUUUGAUUUUUUCAACAACGACCUGGACUUUGCUUGGUCUUUUUGUUCUCAAAUAGUCUCCAUCUGGUUUAUUUAUCUUGUUUUUGUAGUUUCUUCAUCUGGGUCUUGUUUGUUUUUUAAUUUUCUAGUUGGGGUUUGAGGUUUUUGAUUGUGGGUUAGAUGGAGGAGAGGUACGAUGCAUUGAAGGAGCUUGGGUCUGGGAAUUUUGGGGUGGCAAGGCUGGUGAGGGACAAGAAGACGAAGGAGCUUGUUGCAGUCAAGUACAUUGAGAGAGGGAAAAAGAUUGAUGAAAAUGUGCAGAGGGAAAUCAUCAAUCACAGAUCCUUGAGACAUCCAAAUAUUGUCAGGUUCAAGGAGGUCUUGUUAACUCCAACGCAUUUGGCCAUUGUCAUGGAAUAUGCAGCUGGUGGUGAACUCUUUGAGAGGAUAUGCAACGCUGGUCGGUUUAGUGAAGAUGAGGCGAGAUUUUUCUUCCAGCAGCUAAUAUCCGGAGUGAGCUACUGUCAUUCUAUGGAAAUUUGUCAUAGAGAUCUGAAACUGGAGAACACACUCCUGGAUGGAAGUCCAAUGCCACGGCUUAAAAUAUGCGACUUUGGCUAUUCCAAGUCUGCUUUGUUGCACUCACAACCCAAAUCAGCAGUUGGAACUCCAGCAUACAUUGCCCCUGAGGUCCUGUCGCGAAAGGAGUAUGAUGGAAAGAUUGCAGAUGUUUGGUCUUGUGGUGUGACUUUAUAUGUGAUGUUGGUGGGAGCCUACCCUUUUGAGGAUCCUGAAGAUCCUAGAAAUUUCCGGAAGACCAUUGGGAGAAUAAUGAGUGUCCAGUACUCCAUACCCGACUAUGUACAUGUAUCUGCAGAAUGCAGGCAGCUCCUUUCCCGUAUUUUUGUUGCGAAUCCUGCAAAGAGGAUCACCAUCCCAGAGAUAAAACAACAUCCUUGGUUUCUUAAAAAUUUUCCCAAGGAGCUCAUUGAAGGGGAGAAAACUAACUACGGGGAAUUGCACCAUGACCAACUGGUUCAAAGUGUUGAAGAAAUAAUGCGAAUCAUUCAAGAAGCAAGGACACCAGGGGAAGGAUCCAAAGUUGAUGGGCACAGUCUAGAUGGAGCAUUAGACUCUGAUGACUUGGAGGCCGAUUUGGAAUCUGAAAUUGAUGUCAGCGGGGAGUUCAUGGCCCCUGUGUGAGCCUGCAUGAGCCAAGGAAUUACAUCGAUCAAGAUAGUCUGAACAAGUUUUAGCAUGUAUUAAUGGUCUAGACUCUAGACUUUAUUAUUUUACAAAUAAUAUUGUAUAUGAUGUAUUUGAAGUAUGAGAGAAGCCAUAACUUUGGUGGUCACUGCAGCAAUGUGAUUGCAGUACUGAAUGGGUUGAGAACUUGAGAUGAGGGUUUUUUGUUUUUGUUGAACAUUCUAUAAAAGUCCAUAUGGACAAAUGGUACAGGCAGUUAGUUAAAGCUCAAACUCAACUAAGGGAGGGGGAAAGUACAAAGAAAUGUAACAUAAAUUAUUCAGAUUCAACACGGUAGCAAGAUGCCUUAAAAAAGGGGGAAAAUGAGAAAGGUCUUAGAUUCUCUUCAACAGUUUUGACUUAUUAGGCAGAAUACUGGUGUCUUCACAUUGUGGAAAGUGGAGCAAAGAGGCAUAACUUGGGGGGUGGCGGGCGGCUUCCACUUCGUCAUUGAUCCAGGUCUCAAGAAUAGGUUUUUUUUUAGUUACCCUUGAAGGCAUUCUAGGGAACCAAGCUAAGAUAAAAGUUCCAUACGAUAUAUCAAAUAAACAAACUUAGCAAAAUAGGCAAAGAUACACAAAGCUACCUAGUAAAGUGAAGUUCUACUCAGAGUCAGGCAGACAUGACAAUUUUUUUUUCCCUAAAUAAUUGAUUCACUCAUUGAAGCCAUUUAAAAAUACAAUCAAUACUAACUUUUCAUUCCUCCACAAUGCACACAAAAAGUUAAAAGAAAUAUAUUGUUUUCUAUACUUUAAUUCCAUCCUCCUAGACACAAAAUGGUUGCCUCGAAAAAGUAUGAGACGCCGACGAUAAAGUUUCACAAUAGACAAAUCAGUGAUCCUAGAUAUCUGAGUUGCCUCUCUAAAUGUGUUCGAUAUUGAAAGGGAAUAGCAUGGUAUAUCAUGGAAUUAAAGCAAGUCGAGGAAACAAUUCAAAGAACAUAUCAAAUAUUUCUCUUCAAGGGUUUGAUGGGGACAACACUGGUGUCCUCACAAUAAGUCAAAAAAGGAACCUAGAGACUAAAGUGGGGUUCUUUCAUAAGUCAAGGCUAGUGGCGGACAGCAUCAUUAGCGGAGAAAAACAAGGGAACUUUCAUCACUUUAUCAAUCCCUUUACAGGGGAUGAUGAUCAGGACUUUAUGAUCCCUAUCCUUUGAUGGACUUCGUGUCCAAAUCAAUUACCCGACUGGCACACCUUUCAUUUUCUUUCCAAUAACAGACUUUUAACUUGCUUGAAGGUGCAAGUCUUAGCCGACAUAAUUGAAAUAUGAUUAAGCCCCACACCCACUGGUGUGCCUAUAUGAAUGAUAACGGAUCCAACUGUGGUGGUGUGAGACAUGGAAGGAAGGAAUAAGGAGGAAAUGCAGUAGUUCUUCAUGGGCCUUCUGGGUGCUGAUCUUGCUGGGAAUGAUGUUAAUGGCGAGGGUGGUGGAAGGUGAAGAGUUGAGUCCCAGCCAGUGUAAGCAGGAAAGACAGCUAGGCAUCAAUUCAUGCAAGGCAGUGGUGUUUGGGCAGCCUGCAUCGCCUGCGUGUUGCCAGCGCAUAAGGGUGAGCCACUGGGAGUCCGUAUGUCCGGCCGUCAACCCCAAGUUGGCCGCACUCAUAGACAUCAACAAGGCCAUCAAGAUCCUCCAAACCUGUGGAAGGAAGGUCCCUCAUCACUUCAAGUGUGGCAGCCUAUAUUUCCCAUGAACAUGUGUCUUGCUUCCACUGCUAGUUGUAUUAGUUGUUUACAGGUUUUAAAUGGCCUAUAUUGACUCUGGGAUGUAAUAUCUGUGGUAAAGAUGGAUCUAUCACUUGUAUGUUCUGAAAAGAAUAAAUCUUGGGUUCCACGGAUCCUACGCUUUCUCUA